ACUGAGCCACGAUACCAACCAAGCAAAGAAUUUAUUAUUCUGUGCAAAAAAAAUACUCCCGUCCCUAAAAUGUACGGGCUCGUACCGAACUCGGUAACGUGGCCCGUUUCGUUGGUCUCCCGACGGUUUUCGCCGCACAGUUUGUCAGUUUUUAGGGCUAGUAAUGACUCUGAGUUGGGAAAGAAGAACACUGAGGAUAGUAGUUUUACUUCCAGCGGCAACGGGAAGAGGAAGCGGCAGCCUGAGGAGAGGAAUGGUUCUGGUAGCAAAAUAGAAGGUUUAGGACAUGGGGAUGGGUUGAGCGACACAAAGUGCACUGAAGAUGAAUAUCAAUGCGAGUUUGCUGCAGCAGAGGCGCAUUGUGAUAAAAGCAAAAUUGAAGCUGGGAUGUCAUCAUCUGUAAAGAAUCUGAAGAGGAAAGCUCCCAUAUUUUAUGAUUAUGAGAAGAAGAAUCAAGGUACCAAGAGAAAGUUACUGACUGGUGAAGAUGCGCUAAUGUGCCAUCAAUGCCAAAGGAAUGACAAGGGAGCGGUGGUGCGAUGCAUGGCUUGCCAAAGAAAACGGUAUUGCUAUCCGUGUAUUAAGAGAUGGUAUCCACAGUUAACUCCUGAUGAUUUUGCUAUUAAAUGCCCAGUUUGCCGGUUCAAUUGCAAUUGCAAAUCAUGUUUACGCAUGAGAGGAAUUUCUGAGCCGCCUAAAAAAGCCAUUCAAGAGGAGGACAAAAAACAAAACUAUUUAUAUGUAUUACGUCUGUUGCUUCCAUGGUUCAAAGAACUACGAAAAGAACAGCAAUUGGAAAAGGAAGUUGAGGCUCGGAUACAAGGUAUUGCAUUGGCUGGACUAAAGUUACAAAAAACUCCUUGUGAAAAAGAUUCAUGUGUAUAUUGCAAGUUAUGCAGCACAUCAAUUGCAGAUUUCCAUAGAAGCUGUUCUAGUUGCACUUACAACCUAUGCUUGUCUUGCUGUCGAGGGCUUCGCGAUGGCUGUUUGCCUGGGCACAGUGGACAAUGUGGAAUAAAUACUAAUAUCCCUGAAGUUCUUCUGAAUGCACUAUUGCAAUGGAGAGCUAAUGCUGAUGGUAGUAUUCCUUGCCCACCUGAAGUAUUGGGUGGUUGUGGUAGUUCUCUUUUGCAGCUCAAGCAUGUUUUUUCGGAAGAUAUGCUUUUUGAGCUAGAAGAGAAAGCUAAUAACAUUGUUGGACUGGAAAACAGUGAAUUUACAGAAUCACAUGAAAACUCUGGAGCUUGUGCAUGUUUCUGUGUGUCAGGAAAGAUUGAUUCUGACAGUGGUGCAUUGAGAAAGGCAGCUUCUAGAGAAGGCUGUGAUGAUAACCUUUUAUACUGUCCAAGUGCUAUAUCUAUUGAAGAAGGAGAGCUGCAACAUUUCCAGAGGCAUUGGGCUAAAGGCGAGCCAGUGAUUGUCCGUGAUGUGCUUGAUUUAUCUUUUGGAUUGAGCUGGGAACCAAUGGUCAUGUGGCGUGCAUUUCGGGAGAAGAAAGAAAGAAGGGGUAAAUCUAAAAAAUUUAAUUUAAAAGUGAUUGACUGUUUGAACUGGCGUGAGGUUGAGAUAAAUAUUCAUCAAUUUUUCCAAGGGUACUCUACUGGGCGAUUUUAUCAGGAUGGUUGGCCUGAGAUGCUUAAACUUAAAGAUUGGCCCCCAUCUAGUUCCUUUGAGGAGCGUCUACCACGCCAUUGUGCUGAGUUCAUUGCUACUUUACCUCGUCAAGAAUAUACAAAUCCUCGGGAUGGCCAUCUUAAUCUUGCUGUGAUGCUUCCUAAAAAUGUUUUGAGGCCUGAUCUUGGUCCAAAAACUUACAUAGCUUAUGGAUUUGCUGAAGAAUUAGGCUCCGGGGAUUCUGUCACCAAGCUUCACUGUGAUAUGUCUGAUGCGGUAAAUGUACUAACACACACUACAGAAGUUCCUCUUACUAAGGUCCAGCUUUCUAAAAUUGAAGGAUUAAAAAAGAAGCAGGAGGCUGCUAUCAAACUACAUAAUGAAGGCAAGCAAGAUGUGGAAAAUACUUUUUCUAAUUGCAAGGACCAGCCGGCACCCAGUAGAGGGGUUAAAUCUUGCUCCGAUAAUGAGAAAAUUGAUAGUGAGAUUCAUGUGAUAGAUAAUAAACCUAUGUUGGUGCUUGAUAGCAUUAAUUCAGAUGUCCUUUCUAAAGGCAAGGGUUGCGAUUCCACCUGUUCUGAAGGCAAAGAAGAUGGCGAAUUCAGGAAAAGCUUCAUUUUUUAUUCUCGAAAAAGGGGCAGGCCUCAGGGAUCAUAUAAACAGCGCGGCGGCAGACAGGCUUUAUCUUCUAGCUCCUCAAGAAAUUCUGGAAUCGUGGAAAGUGAGAAAAAGCAAAGAAAACGGCGUAUUGAAGAAGUUUCUGAGAAAUCUGCUAAAGAGAAAAUGGGAAAAACAAUGAAAUUGAUGAAAGAAAAUUAUUCUGCUAGCAUGUUUGGGAAAGAACAACGUCCUUUUCCUGAUGAUAUAAUGAAUGAAGAGCACAUAGAAACUGGUGCUCUGUGGGAUAUCUUCCGGAGAGAAGACGUCCCAAAAUUAGAAGAGUAUCUCAGGCAGCAUUUCAGGGAGUUCAAACAUAUAUAUGAUUCUCCAGUGACGAAGGUAUUUCAUCCGAUACAUGAUCAAUCUUUCUAUUUGUCAAUGGAUCACAAAAGGAAACUUAAGGAGGAAUAUGGAAUUGAGCCAUGGUCGUUUGUGCAGAAACUUGGAGAGGCUAUAUUCAUCCCAGCUGGAUGCCCACAUCAGGUUAGAAACUUGAAGUCUUGCAUAAAGGUUGCUCUUGACUUUGUCUCACCUGAAAAUGUUCGCGAGUGCGUGAGGCUGACAGAAGAAUUCCGCAUGCUUCCACGGGAUCACAGGGCUAAGGAAGAUAAGUUAGAGGUGAAAAAAAUAGCUCUUCAUGCUUUCAUUCACGUUGUGAAGGCUUUGGACAAACUGCAAGUGCAAAGCACGGCCUGAUAUUGAAGGUAACGAAGGGACCGAUGCAACGUCGUAGGAAUUUGGCUAUGAUUUUUCUUCUCACCUUAGCGCAAAUCUGCUAGAUCGAAGCCAUUUUCAUGAUCACUAUUCUGCAUUAUAUUACCUCGCCUUGUUCCUGCAAUGUUUUGUUUGUAACUUCUGCUUUUGCCGAAAUUUAGUUGCUGAGGUUAUUUGGGUUUUCUGCACA